GAACCCGGCUGCGUGCCGGUGCGUAGCGAAGCGGUGGCGUCGUGCUACGCGGGCUCAGUCCCAUCAUGAAAGCAUCGGAAUCCAAGGUGAAGCUAUGGAGUGCCAACUCGUCACCAACGGCCAGUACCGAAAACCUUUACGGUCCAGCGUCAGCGCCCGGUACGCAUUGGGUGCACGUUGGCGGUGGUGCGGACAGCGGUGGAAGAAGCACACACGAUGUAACGUCACAACGGCAGAUCGGCGAUCAUCCUCAGACGGCUGGUUCGGCGACGCAUUCGGCAAACGGCGAACACAUCACACUAAAUCUAGCCGGCUAUUCAGCUGAUCUCCGUAGUACGAAGAGUGCAGGUGGGGGUGGCGGUAACGGUGGUAAUGGACGACCACGAGCCAGCAGGUCGGUAGAUCAGCAGCAGAGUGCUUCUGCAGUAACGGAAGCUACCUACGGAGUCAGUGUCGCGCCAUCGGGCGCUGCGUACGGUUUAACUAGUGUAAAUAGCAAUCACGGCGUUGGGCCGCCCGGGUCGAGUAGUGUGAGUAGCCGCAACCGACACAGUGGCGGUUACGGUUCGAGUAGCUACAGCAACGGAAGCGUCGCCGGCUUCAACGGUAACGGUAGUGAGCGAAGUGCCUGUAUGCCAGUGUUUUCCUUCGGCUACUUCGGCAAGAUGCGAAUGUUCGUGAUCCUGCUCGCGGUGACUUGCAUCACCGUGUUCGGAUUCGCACACUAUAUGGAUAGUUCAUCGAUUACUAGUCUUAUGCAUCGGGAUGCACGACCACCGGCGCCACAGAUCCACUGCCGGAUGCUGAACGGGAAAACCGCAAUCGGUGGUGCGCUAACGCCGGAUCACCGGUCCGAAGCACGGUUGCGCAUCGAUCCGAAAGUGCUGGUCUUUGUCGAGACGACCUACACACAGCUGGGCAAGAGCAUCACCGAGCUGCUCGUGCACAAUCGUAUCAAGUACAAAGUAGAAGUAGCCGGCAAAAGUCUCCCGGUGUUAACAAACCAAGACAAGGGCCGGUACGGUGUGAUCGUGUUCGAAAAUUUGGACAAAUAUCUUAACAUGGACAACUGGAACCGGCAGCUGCUGGACAAAUACUGCCGCGACUACUCGGUCGGCAUCAUUGGCUUCGUGAGCCCGAGCGAAGAAACGCUAGUCGGCGCACAGCUGCGCGGUUUCCCUCUGUAUGUGCAUACGAAUCUGCGGUUACGGGAUGCGAGCCUGAAUCCUGGUUCACCCAUCCUUCGGUUAACGCGUGCCGGCGAUACUGCGUGGGGACCACUGCCCGGCAACGAUUGGGCCAUAUUUCAGCACAAUCACAGCGGUUACGAACCGCUCGAGUGGGCACAGAAGAAUGUUAUGGACUACCCGACCGAUGGUGUUGCACAGCCACCGUUGGCAACCGUGCUGCAGGACCACGGUCAGCAGGAUGGCAUCCAGCGAAUAUUGUUCGGAUCGGGGUUGAAGUUUUGGCUGCAUCGAUUACUGUUUCUUGAUUCGCUUUCCUACCUUAGCCACGGACAGCUAAGCUUAAACUUGGAACGACGAAUUUUGAUUGACAUUGAUGAUAUCUUCGUCGGUGAGAAAGGAACGCGACUAAAACCGGACGAUGUGCACGCACUGAUAGCGACCCAGAAUCGUAUCGAAGAGAUGGUUCCAGGAUUUCGGUUUAAUUUGGGCUUCUCGGGGAAGUAUUUCCAUCACGGGACGCACGAAGAAAAUCUGGGCGAUGAUAUGCUGCUGCGUAAUGUGGCACAGUUUAACUGGUUCUCGCACAUGUGGAACCAUCAGCAGCCCCAUCUGUACGAUAACGUGACGCAGCUCAUGAACGAUAUGAUACUGAACAAGGACUUUGCUAAGGAGCAUGGCAUACCGACGGAUUCGGGGUACUCGGUGUCACCGCAUCACUCGGGUGUUUAUCCAGCACACGAAUUGCUCUACACCGCGUGGAAGAAGGUUUGGAACAUUAAAGUAACGUCGACCGAAGAGUACCCACAUCUUCGACCGGCUCGCUUACGGCGUGGUUUUAUUCACCGUAACAUUAUGGUACUGCCACGGCAAACUUGUGGCCUGUUUACGCACACAAUCUGCAUCGAUAGCUAUCCCGGUGGGCGGGAUAAGCUGGACGAAUCGAUCCGUGGCGGAGAACUGUUUCAAACGAUCGUGUACAAUCCGAUCAACAUCUUCAUGACGCAUAUGUCUAAUUACGGCAAUGAUCGGUUAGCGUUGUAUACGUUCGAGUCGGUAAUUAAAUUCUUGCGCUGCUGGACCAACCUGAAGUUGACGUCCGUACCACCACUACAACUGGGCGAACUGUACUUUAAGCUACAUCCGGAGGAGAGGGAUCCUAUUUGGGGAAAUCCUGCCGAUGAUCCACGCCACGCUAAAAUCUGGGCCGGUAACAAACGACGCACUACACUGCCGAAAUUGCUAGGACUUGGGCCACAGAAAACGGGCUCGACGGCGUUUUAUACGUUUCUGAGCAUGCAUCCCGCUGUCGCAAGCAAUCUUCCCAAUUCGGACACAUUUGAGGAGAUUCAGUUUUUCAACGGCAACAACUAUUACCGGGGUUUGGAUUGGUAUUUGAACUUUUUCCCGCUCCAACCGAACGAUACGGACGAUAAGUUUAUGUUUGAAAAGUCGGCCACUUAUUUCGACGGGGAGCUGGUACCGAAACGAGCCCACGCGUUGCUACCAAAGGCGCAGCUAGUAACCAUACUGAUAUCACCGGCCAAGCGAGCCUACUCAUGGUAUCAACACAUUAAAGCACACGGAGAUCCGAUAGCGAACAACUACAGCUUCUAUCAGGUCAUUACUGCAACCGAAGCUGAACCGAAAGCGUUGCGUGAUUUGCGCAACCGUUGUCUCAAUCCGGGCAAAUACUCACAGCAUCUCGAACGAUGGCUCGCCUGCUAUCCACAGCAGCAGCUGUACAUUAUCGAUGGCGAACAGCUCAAAUCGAACCCGGUGGCGGUGAUGAACGAUUUGCAGCGCUUCCUUAAGCUGCCCCCAUUCGAUUACAGCCGCCAUUUGCGCUUCGACAAUAAGAAGGGUUUCUACUGCCAGGUGGUGUCCGAUAAUCGGAACAAGUGUCUCGGCAAAUCGAAAGGUCGCCAGUACCCGCCGAUGGACGAUCGGAGUGCCAAAAUGUUGCAAAAGUACUAUCGCAUUCAUAAUCAGGCACUGGUGAAGCUGCUGAAGAAGCUAGGCUCACGCCCAAUCCCUCAGUGGCUCAAGGAGGACCUAUCGGUGACGUCUUAACGAACGGUCUGAUGAUGCCGACAUG